UCACGUGAUAUGGACAAUAUUGGAUGUGUAUUAGAAUCACAAUGGCUGUGUAUUCCAUCAAUUAAUGGAGAGAUAUUCGUGGAUAAUGUAAGAAGAACGACAGUUUCAUAACGGGUGACACCGGAAAACGAUCAAGCUGGCUUGUAUUUACAGAUAUUGUAACCCUUUAGUGGCCUUUAGUGGAGUAACAGGGGAAAAUAUUGUCGAAAAGGGUGAAUUAGUGAACAUGGCGACCAUCGGGAUCGCAGAUGUGUGCGAGGAUAGCACAGCCGAUGAUGCGCCUACGAUCAACAUUUCAAAUGACGAUGAUCAUAAUGAAGAGGAAAGAGACAACAUUGAGGACGAUGAUGAGGAGGAGGAGGAAGAUGAGGAUUGUGAGAUAACACCUCUCGAAAAUAGACGAAUCUUUGAAAGAAAUGACAGCGGAACGAGUUUCACUAGUUUGAUUUCACAGAAUUCAGUUAACACAAAACCGAUUCAGGGACCGCGUUAUAAAUUAAUUAAUGAAGGAGAUAUCCCAAUUUGUAAAUUAAAUCACACACGAACAAUUGUCAGUAAGAUUAUGAACUCCAGAUAUUUAAGACGGUGGGAAGUACACAAAAUUUAUCUGGACAAAACAGAAAUAUGUUCUGCCACGCCUACAGGAAUGAUGGAUAGUUCUGUGCUGUAUUCAAGUAUUGAGGAUGUCCAUAUUGUAUCCAGGUGGAACGCUGGCCAAAAAUUCUGUAUACGAAUCACAAUACCUGACGGAUCCUUGUUGAUGCAGGUUUGUACAAAUGCACACAAUUCCUACUUAAGAGAUCAGUGGUUACACUCUAUACUGUGGAAGCGGCAUAUGUACAAAUAUGAGAAGAUUUUAAAGAGUGCAAGGAGACCAGAAGUUUUAUUAAAAGAAAUUAAGAAUAUGAUUGAUGUAUCUCUAACUACAAAUAUACAGGAUGCCAGUAUCUACCAGUUUCCUUUAGAUCUGGUCUCAGAUUUGUUACAGCAGAAUGCAGACUUCAUCACAAGAGUUGCUCAUGAAAACAUUAUUGUUGCCUUGGCACCAUUACUGGAGAAUAACCACCCAACACAGGAAAUAUGUGACUUCUUCAGUAAACAUUGUAAAAACAGUCCUAGAUCCAGUAUAGUGAUAGAACUGUUCACACCAGUUGUUACAAGAAUACUCAAACAUAACACAGAUUUUGGAAAGUUUCCAAGAAUGAGGGGCUUUGUGCAAGAAUACAUUUUGGCAUUGAAUUGUCAAAAUGAUGGUUUCAAUGUGGUGCAGAAUUUUAUAAGAUGCAUGCAUGGUCCAGCAUUAGUAUGUCCACAUCCAAGAGUGUUACCUAAUCUGGUUGCUGUAUGCCUGGCAGCUGUUUACAGUUCAUUUGAGGACAAGAAAUUAGCCAUGCAGAAUAAUACACUUAUUCAAUCAUUUGACCAGCAGGAAUGGGAAAAAAGACUGAGACUAUAUGUAGGAAUGUUGACAACAAUGUCAACGUUUGAAGACUGGAGACACAUACUUGGAAGUUUACUUCAACCCAUUCCAUUUCCAAAUGAUGCUAUUGUGGAUGAAACCUUCACAUCAAAAAUGAAAGAUGUGAUGCAUAACAUAGCCUCCGAUUCACAUUGUGAUGUACACUCUACGAUUCUGGGAAUACGCGAAGGAAAAGAGGGCUGGUUCCACCUUUAUAUACCUGGUAGUAUUGGCUGUGAUGAUGAGGGUGAACUCUGGGGAGUUAUGCUGAAAACACUGAUACAUUGUUGUGGAAGAAGGAAGAAGUUCCUACAAGGAUUAAACAAAAUGUUAGGACCAGUAAUGUUGCUGGCUUUACGGGAAAAUGAAGCUGCUAUGGAGGUUUUAUGUGCAAUGUUAGAAAUGGAUGUGGUAGAGAACAAUGAUAUGAAGAUGCAGAUAGUAACAACACUACAGAGUACCAGUACAGGAAAGAGACUGUAUGCUCAGCUUUGUGACAGACAGAUAGCUCUCAGGGAACUGCAACAGAAAGGUGGACCAAAAAAGUUGACACUGCCCUCUAAAUCAACCGACGCAGACCUUGCCAAAAUGUUGAGUUCUGGAUCCUUUGGUAACCUGGAAUGUCUGAGUUUGGCUUUCACCCAUGUAACUAGUGCCUGUGCUGAUGAUCUGAUUAAACUGCCAUCUCUACGCUACCUGAAUUUGUGGUCAACGCAGUUUGGAGAUACUGGACUACAGUUGAUAUCAGAGUAUCUGCAGAAACUACAAGUCCUUAAUUUAUGUGAAACACCAGUCACUGAUAAAGGACUUGUCUGUUUGUCUUCUCUCAAAAACCUAAGGAAGUUGAAUUUAAACAGUACUAGUCUGUCGGCUCUUACAUUUGAAGGAUUAAAGGAGAAACUGCCAGCAUUACAGGAGUGUGACGUACGUUAUACAGAUGCCUGGUAGACAGAACAGAGAUGUUGUGUUUUGUUUUAUAUGUAGUGUCAUUGUUCCCAAGGAAUUAAAAUACAUUUAUUGGAGACUUACAAAAACUAUCAGAUGAAUAGACUAUCUUCAGACCUUUCAAAGCUGUCAAAUGAAUAGACUAUAUCUUCAGACCUUAGUUGUGGAGGAAUUCAUGGAAGCUAACAUGACUUUAUAGUUGAAAUAAACAUAUUAAUGAUUCUUAUUUGUGGAAAAAUAUUAAGUUUAUUGACAAAAAACAUAUUAGAACGCAGUUGAAAGUGAAAUGCGUAUACUAAAAACUAAUGAGCAGAACCUACAUUUAAAAAGUUGAACAUGCUGUUAUAUGUAAUUCAUAGGGAAAAAACCUAGUAAUUUGUGUUGUGUAUUCGUAUGUUCAGAUCACCAUUUCAUUUGGAUAUGUACAGUCGCAGGGUCAAAGGAUUGAGCUUUAAUUCAACUACAACACAAGAUUCAUGGAACCAUUUUACCAUUGACAUAACCAUGGCAACUAGUCCUUCAAAUAUUUCUGCCAUUUUGUUUUGUUAUGAGGACAAUGGAUCAUUGUCAUGUAAAUUUGUAGAAUUGUAAUCAACAUUUGAUUUUAUUGAACUAACUGAAGAUUAUAUUAUUUUUGAUCUAUUUUUGAUCAGACUUUUAUCAUUUCUGUCCCCUAUCAUUAUGUGACCCCACUUGAGCCAUAAGUUGUGUAUCUUUGUCUGUUACCCUAUCACAUCAUUUUGAUACCAGACUCUAAGCUUUGUAGAAGUGUGUGUAUGUGGGUAUGAAUGUAUACUGCCAAGAUGCCUUACAUUUUAUCUUUUUCUUUUGUGUAUUCUAUAACUAUGUGUAAAUUUCUAAUUCUUUCCAAAUAUACACAAGUCCAUUUCAAAGGCAUUUUAUUAUUUCAGAUAAUUUUGCUUCCACAUCUUUUUUGUUUUUAUUUUUUUCUCCACACAGUAAGUAUUUUAAGUUAGUUAUUAUUGAAAGUAUAAAUAUACCAUGCACCAAUUUGUGAGUCAUUGUAUUUUAU